AGGGACCCAAGAUGGCUGAAUACUCACGGGGGGGCAGUUAGCAAUUAUCUGGGCAAGACGUCGGGAAUGAAUGGCAAAUAGCAGUAUAAUGUAAAGCGUUACCUUAAAGUAAUUAUACGGACACAGUUUGUUGGUUUGCAUAUUUUUUAGAGAUGCAUGAAUACCAGUAAGGAGAGAGAGGUCUCUCCGCGGCCCCGAGCCAGAACAUGGCGGAACACUUGGGGAAGAAAUAGCAGCUAACGUUAGCUAGCUGGCGCAUUAUUCAGAGACAAUUAGACAGAUUGGUUCAGAGUAAACACGGUGUCUGCGGGCCGCAAGUGUGAGAUAAUGUUACCGGUGUACGGCUCGGGUCAUUUUUCUUCAAGGUGUUGUUUAACAUUGAGAAUGUGGAGCGUAGGCAGUUAGCGUACUAGCUAGCCAGUUAAGUCGUUAGGUUUGCUAGCUAACGUAACUGGCAAACGUUGGCCGCAAGCGUACAAACUGUACUAACAAGCAGGCAGAGUGUUUGGUGAACCACAGUCCGCACCACCGAUGCUUGCUUUGAGUACACCUCUCUGAACUUUGUGGUUGGACUUUGCAAUAUUGGUCAGCCCUUGUUAAGUAUAUUAACGCGGUAGCUAACGUCAGUGCCCUCCGCACUGAAAAUUAGACAGCCGUUAGCCUGCCACAAUGGUUCGUGAACUGAGUUUGUGUAUCAUAUUGUCAAAAUAAGUUUGAGGCAACUUGUCAAAUUUACCGGAUAGUGUAGUUAUACCUGCAGGUGUGCUAAGAUAGGGUAUUUCUGGUACAGGUGUUCUAGUGUUAUGUUCCUUUGAAGAUCAGUUAGCCUGGUUGACCACUGUUUGUAGUUAAAUUAGUACUUCACUGAAGAAGUUAAAAGGUGUAAAACGAUAUUUGAAGUUGUGGCGUCACUAGGUGGAAGAGACACCCAGUAAAGCCGAAACGGUUGGGAGGGGGACACAGGUAACAACUGCCUGCCAGGAUGACGGACACUCGCCGACGAGUCAAAGUCUAUACCCUCAAUGAGGACAGACAGUGGGAUGACCGUGGGACCGGGCAUGUCUCCUCGGGCUAUGUGGAGCGUUUAAAAGGCACGUCUCUCCUGGUGCGAGCAGAGAGUGAUGGUUCUUUACUGCUGGAGUCUAAAAUCAAUCCAAACACAGCCUACCAGAAACAACAGGAUACAUUGAUAGUGUGGUCCGAGGCUGAAAAUUAUGAUCUGGCACUCAGCUUCCAGGAGAAGGCUGGCUGUGAUGAAAUCUGGGAAAAAAUAUGCCAGGUGCAGGGAAAGGACCCAUCUGUGGACAUAACACAGGAUGUGGUGGAUGAGUCUGAGGAGGAACGCUUUGAUGACAUGUCAUCCCCUGGUCUGGAAUUACCGCCAUGUGAACUGAAUCGCUUGGAGGAUCUGGCUGAGCUGGUGGCCUCCUCACUCCCAUCGCCACUGCGGCGUGAGAAACUAGCCCUCGCUGUGGAAAAUGAGGGCUACAUUCGCAAGCUCCUGGAACUUUUCCGUGUGUGUGAGGAUUUGGAGAACAGAGAGGGACUGCACCACCUGUAUGAAAUCAUUAAAGGCAUCUUCCUGCUCAAUCGCACUGCACUCUUUGAGGUUAUGUUCUCUGACGAGUGUAUUAUGGACGUCAUUGGUUGUCUGGAGUUUGACCCAUCACUCCCGCAGCCACGGCGGCAUCGAGAGUUUCUAACCAAGACUGCCCGCUUUAAGGAGGUGAUUCCCAUAUCUGAUCCUGAACUGCGUCAGAAAAUACACCAGACGUAUCGUGUGCAGUAUAUUCAGGACAUGGUGCUGCCCACGCCCUCUGUUUUUGAGGAAAACAUGUUGUCCACCCUGCACUCCUUCAUCUUCUUUAACAAGGUGGAGAUUGUGGGCAUGCUACAGGACGAUGAAAAGUUCCUGACAGACCUCUUUGCACAGCUAACGGAUGAGGCCACAGAUGACGACAAAAGACAUGAACUGGUGAACUUUCUUAAAGAAUUCUGCGCAUUCUCACAAACGUUACAACCUCAAAACAGAGACGCCUUCUUCAAGACAUUGUCGAACAUGGGCAUUUUACCUGCACUAGAGGUCAUCCUGGGAAUGGAUGACGUUCAGGUGCGUGGGGCAGCCACAGAUAUUUUCUCUUAUCUGGUGGAGUAUAACCCCUCCAUGGUACGAGAGUUCGUCAUGCAGGAGUCCCAGCAGAAUGAUGAUGACAUCCUUUUGAUCAAUCUGAUCAUAGAACACAUGAUCUGUGAUACAGACCCAGAGUUAGGCGGAGCAGUGCAGCUGAUGGGUCUGCUACGGACUCUGGUGGACCCUGAGAACAUGCUGGCUACUGCUAAUAAAACAGAAAAGACAGAGUUUCUGAGCUUCUUCUACAAGCACUGUAUGCAUGUCCUCUCUGCUCCACUCCUUGCCAACACCACAGAGGAAAAACCUAGCAAAGAUGAUUUCCAAACAUCGCAGUUGCUGGCCUUGAUUUUGGAGCUGCUGACAUUCUGUGUUGAGCACCACACCUAUCACAUCAAGAACUACAUCAUCAACAAGGACAUUCUCAGGAGGGUACUGGUGCUAACCGCCUCUCGGCACUCCUUCCUGGCACUUUGUGCACUGCGCUUCAUGCGGAGGAUCAUUGGUCUAAAGGAUGAGUUCUACAAUCGCUACAUAAUGAGAAACUUCCUCUUUGAGCCCGUCAUCAAGGCCUUCCUCAACAACGGCUCACGCUAUAAUCUCAUGAACUCAGCAAUCAUUGAGAUGUUUGAGUAUGUCCGUGUGGAGGAUGUGAAGUCUCUCACAGCUCAUAUAGUAGAGAAUUACUGGAAGGCUCUGGAGGAUGUGGACUACGUCCAAACAUUCAAGGGCCUCAAGCUGCGGUAUGAACAACAGCGAGAGAGGCAAGACAACCCCAAAUUGGAUAGCAUGCGCUCCAUUCUGAGGAACCAUCGCUUCCGUCGUGAUGCACGGACACUGGAGGAUGAAGAGGAGAUGUGGUUCAACACAGAUGAGGAUGACCUGGAGGAUGGUGAAGCAGUGAAGACGGAGGAAGACCUCAUGGAACCCAUAAGCAAAUUCAUGGAAAGGAAAAAGUGUAUGUAUGUGAAAGACACAGAAGACAAAGAGGUACUUGGGAAGUCGAGUUUAUCAGGCAGGCAGAACCCCAGCUUCAAACUUGCCUUCUCUGGCUCCACUAAAACUAGCCUGUCCAGCCCUCCUUCAUCUGCCUCAUUGAAUCCGGGUUCUCCAGGAUCACCGGGUUCUCCAGGCUCAGGGGCACGAAGUUCACCCUCCACAACAACUGUGACCACAAAGGGAGGUUUAGUGGGACUGGUGGACUACCCUGAUGAUGAUGACGAGGAGGAAGAAGAGGAAGAGGAUGGAGAGACUAAAGAGGACCCUCUGCCACCUUCUAAGAAGUCCAAACUGAGCUCCUAAAGAAGCUUCACUGUCUCGGCUCAGGCUUCGUUCAGACAGUUUCAGCUCACAGACUCAACACAGGAAUGAUCGAACUUGUAAACUAAUUGAAUGAAUGAGAGCUUCCGCUCGUCCUGAGCGUGUGGCUGACAGAGGAGCGGACUGCGAACAGAUACGAAGCCUCCUCUGACUAGUCCACUUCAUACAAGUGCCAAUCAGGAAAGCGGGAGCGACAAAGCAUCUGAAGGGUGGAACAGACGCGUGAAAGUUGGGGGAGAAAAGACACACAACGUCGUCAGCAGACUCACAGUUUGAGACAGGAUGGUAACUCAGCAACUAAAGGAAAAGACCACAAACAAAAACAAAACGCAGACUGAAAUCCCAGAGAGCCUGCAGGCUCGGACCAUAACCCACUGCCCCCCGCCCCCCACUCAGGGAAGGACAUCACAGCGGCCCAAGAGGGUCAGCCAAUUCAGACCCAGAACCACCACUCACACCCCUCUCAAACCCUCUCCUGGAGUUCACCUUCCUCCUUGUUUCUUUCUCCGUCUUUUCUCCUCUGCCCUUCCUCCCCUCUCUUUGUCUGUUGCUUUUCGUCCCCCUUAUUUUUUUAAGUUAGUAUAUAGGACCAGACAGGAGGCAGCAUGAGGCAAAAAGCUGUCCUUGUUGUCGUUUGAUGAUGUCAUCAGUGUCGUCGUUCCUCAGUGGACGUUCUUUCUCUGAAGAGAAAAAAAAGCCAGCAGUUUCUUCAUUACUUUCUUUUUUGUUCUCUAUUUGUCUCUCAAUCUUUCUCCUGUUUUUGUAAAUGACAACAAAAAGAGACCUGCCUUUAAAUGUUCAGGACGUUUUCAGUCACACUUGAACAGGUUUUUAAAGACCUCAGUAGGUGAGCUAGUUUUACCCUUUUUGCCCUUUGAAACUGCAGAUUUUUUGGAAAAUUUGUAAUCCCGUCUUGAUUAAAGAUUGAGUGGAAUUCUAGAUGUGAUGAAUUUUGUCAUAUCUUUUCAUUUUUUUCCUUUUACAUGAGUGUACACUUAGUUGUUCAGAAUAUUUGGGACCAUUAAAAUGAUCUUUGCUGUAA